UUCGAAAACACAAGGUACACGCCAAUCGAAAUCUCCCGGUUGAGGAGAAAACGAUUUAAUCUAAGCGGCCAACACAGCUGCGUUCUUUUAUUUGAACGAUCGCGCGUCCGUGACGUAACAAGAUGGCCGCCGUGCCCGCCCAGCCGCGUUGCGCACGACAGUCAGCGCGCCCGGUAAAUCGUCGUCUGGCGACUCGCGCGUCAACGUCGCCACCGUUCCGUGCCCGGACUCGCGAAGCGUUGCCGCAGUUCUCUACUUUGCCGUGAAAGUUGGUGCCUGAAAUUUUUCGGAUUUUCCGCAAGGUGACACGACGUUCAACGGCGCUGCGACCUCGGAAGGCGGUGACGGGUGCCACCGCGAAUCGCAACGGUGAAGUCAUCGGGUAGUUUCGCGUGGGCGGGUCACGCGAUCGCUGCGCGCCUUCGUUUGCGCACGUGCGACGGGAGACUACCACGUGACAGUAAAUUUGCUUCGUGCACUUUACAACGGUGUAGGAAACGACACAGUCCCGACAUCGCGCGUUCUCGCCUCGGAGCGCAGGAGGACCACGUGCAUGACGUGUCUCUGCUCGACCGAUCAAAUAGCUCGAAAUAACCUGCCGUCGACAGUUAUCGGGACCGUUCAUCCUCCGCUCUUCCCCGACGUUAAUUACCCCCUAGUUGACGCCUUUUCGAAAAACCUCUGCAUUUCAUGUUUCCCAACGAGCUCAAACGUAGACCUCGAAGUCCUGGAAACACCUCUGGACCAUUUUCAAAAGCUUAAACGGUAUUUAUCCUCGAGUUGAAUGUUUACCUCGACAUCUCGCUGGCGCUCUUUCUACAAACGCAACACGUGUAGCUUAUUUCCGACUUUACUCAAUGCCAACGGUCUCGAUCCACGGCGUUUCAGAAUUUUAUUGGCGAUGUGGAAGGUCAUUCCGAUGAAUGUUUUCCUCGUUGGCUUCAUUAAUAAUAUAUUAUGAUCGAGCGGUACUACCGACUAGUUUCCUUUAUCUAUCUUUACCAUGUGACUUCUGUAUAUCCUAUUAUUCGUUUCCUUUCCAGGCACCAGCGCACGUUGAGUCGGUGCCUCCCCUCGGAUCGUUUUUUCGAAUAACCGAUUCUUGGACGCUUCUUCUCGAAUUGUUGACGCCCGUUAAACGAGUCGCUGGUUCCUUGGAGCGCCACCAGGGGCAAUGACGUCAUCGCUUCGGAGUUGACAUCCACGUGCGAUCUCUUCGCCGAUUUACAUGACGGAACGUUCGAAGAGUUUCCUUCAGGGCAGUUUGAGAAUUCAAGAUGGACCUGGAUCUCUCGCUCGUGGAAUUAAAUUGGGAACCAGAGGAGUACGAGCCGCAGAAUGUGCACAUCGUCGAAAAGGAAUUCCGCGAUUACGUUGUGUAUUAUAUCGCCCAAAGAAAUUCUGGGGUACCUCCACUCUCUCCCUUUACUGACUCCGACUCCGAGAGCAAAGAUGGAUCUACGACCCAAGAAAAGAAACACGGUCGUGUCUCUCAACCCAUCGACACCAUUGCCUACACGGUGGGUGACCGGGACACGCUUCCGUCAGUGGCAGCCAGAUUCGAUACCACCCCUUCCGAGCUUACCAAGCUCAACAGACUCGGAAGUACGUUUAUUUAUCCGGGGCAAAAACUGUGGGUACCUGCUAGAGGGGAAGGACGUCCUGGAGGUGCUGUGGAAAUAGAUGCCCCCAGUCCUGAUCCUUGCCACGAUCACGAGUCUCAGGAUGAUCUACCACCCGAAGAAAAAGAACUCCUGGAUAAUUUACGGCCUGUAUCUCCUAAACCCGGACACAUGGAAAGAAUCAAAACCCCUCUCGGCACCACCAAUACGAACAUGGAUGAUGAUGAACAGCCCUACCGGGAAAGAUUUCUAAAAAUCGACGUUCGUCAUAUCACCGACGGCCAGGGCGUCGUUGAAGGAGUGCUCCUGGUGACACCAAAUGCAGUGAUGUUUGAUCCAUACGUUUCGGAUCCUCUGGUAAUCGAGCAUGGAGCGGAAUCGUACGGAGUGAUUGCACCAAUGGAAUUUGUUGUAAACGCCGUGAUAUAUUACGAUAUCGCGCAUAUGCGAGUUAGCCAUACAGAGUCUAAUAAUCCUGAAAAGAAACCUGAUAUAUAUUAUAUGAAGAAACCAUCGCAAGCCGAUGGACACAAAUGUCAAUCACCGGGCAAAGAUGAAAACUUUUCGGAGCUCGCAGGCGACGACAGUGAAAGUGUUUGCAGUUGUGCCGAAAGAGACGGUGCCGCUUUUCCAAAGGCCUUCGAAAGAGAUCUCGUUACACCAACUAAUCUUCAAAAUGAUGAAGGAUCAGCUUUAACCAAAGAUAAAGAUAAGGAUAAAGAUAAUGCUUCUAAAGAAUGCGGUGGCGGACAAGCGAGCAAAACGCUCGAAGAGCGAAAACGUUCCUUGCUCGAUCACCACUGGGCAGUUCCUAGCAAGGAUCGAUGUUCAUUCUCUGUUGACGAUGAACAGCAGGAUUCUCUAAACUCGGAUAAGGCAGAACCAGUGAAACCUAAUGCCAUUCCCGAAGACGAAGAGGGAUCUCUAGUCAAACUGUCGUGUCAUGACUCCGGCAUCGACAUCCGCGAUCCUAAUCCUCCGCUUCCGGUGGUUCAGCCAAUUCCAUCGAAGAAAGUCUACUCGGAUGCAGACAUAGUACUGUCCUCGGACUGGGUUCCUCCUAUAACAAUUGCACCGACGAAUGUUACGAGCAAUUCAUUGGAUAGCGGCUCCGCCAUCAACGGCAGGAAGAAAGCUAGCUCGGUGUCCUUCAGUUUGGAGAGCAACGCCGAAGAGCAAGAAAAGGACGAAGAUCAUAAAGAUGAUGACAAACAGGAGACACGUAAAAAUAAGAUGAUCAAACGGCUAUCUUACCCAUUGUCCUGGAUGGAGGGUUUAACCGGGGAGAAGGAAGAUGGCAAAACUGCUCUUGAGAAGGUCUCAAGUCUACCUAACAGCGCGGAUGCUCAUCAUUCUUCCGUUUUCAGUAAAGUAUUUUCAAGGCGCUCUUCGGUAGGCACAUUCAUAAGGCAACAACCUCUUACCUCAUCUGGGAGUAGCAGUGUUGAUAGUAGCAGGGGAAGCAAAACUUCAACGGCUCCGAAGUUGGACUACCGUAGUAUGGUUUCCGCCGAUGACAUGCCAGAUCUUUUCGCCAGCAUCGACAAAUUGAUACCCCGGCCUGCGCGUUCCUGUGAGCAUCCUCCUCUCUAUCUCAGACUGCGCACCGGGAGGCCGAAGGACAAGAAGAUCCCAAAAUCUACGCCGAUCAUGAGCUACGGCAAGAAGAAACUUCAACCCGAGUACUGGUUCAGCGUUCCACGAGACAGGGUGGACGACCUGUACAGGUUCAUUCAAGCUUGGGUUCCUGCCUUGUAUGGCGAAUUCGACGAGAACUUAUGGCGCGAGCGAGGAUACAUUUUCUCGGACUCCGAGUCUCCGGAUAUGUCGCCCCAUGACGGUGAACCCAGUGAACUCGCCGAAGAGGGUAAAACAGGACUCCGUGAUGGGGACGACAUCUCCCAAUUGACCCGCGGAUCCUGGGAGCUGAUCAAGGCUCCGUACGUAAAGCUCUACAGCAUCCUGACGACGACGAGCAUCUCCGGCGACUCCGAGCAGCCCCAGGACCCCGAGGUACCCCUAAGUUCACUCUUGACAGGCACCCAAAUUAUACGGUGACAACCUAACAACUCGCCCG